UCGCGCAUAUGUAUGCAUUUAUAAAUAGGUAUAAGUGAGAGGUGGCAAGCCUGUGUCGUCUUCGCCUAGCCACAACCUUGGCAAUGUGCAGUUGCGUCCUUAAACUUGAGGUUUAAAAAAAGCAAAUUAAAAAGUUAAAUUCUCUAUGGUGUAAAAUACGAGUGUAUUCCACAUUCAAAGGGAAAUAUGGCGAAUUUGCUGAAAAUUCUGUGGCUAUCUGCUUAUCUGAUGGUGUCCAACUGCCAAGAAGAUAGCAAGUCUCAAGAGGACGCACUGUAUUCUAGAACCUAUCAAACGGAGACAGAAGGACCAAAGUACUCAUUUGGUUACGGAGUCACCGAUGCUAAGACUGGCGACGUGAAGAGUGUAUGGGAAGCCAAAGAUGGUGACACUGUAAAAGGUCACUACAGCGUUUUAGAAGCGGACGGAUCAGUUAGGACGGUGGACUAUUCCGCAAAUGCUAAAACUGGAUUCCAGGCUACUGUGAAAAAUGACGGAACUCCUGCUCCGGCAAAAUUAGCACAAAUGGAAGAAAAGUCACUCAGAGAAUACGAUUACACGGCGUUCCCCUCCUUCGAUGAAAGGAAAAGAACCAAGUCCAGAUAUCCAGAGAGUGACGAAUCAGAAGAGUAUCCACCAGUCCUCAGCUACACCGACUAUCUGAAACGAAUGACCGAUGAGGACAACGAACCAAACCGUCACAAAAUUAACUCAUUCAGUUCCAAAAUAAAACACGGAAGCUCAAAAAAACAUGCGUACAAAAACAAGAAUAAAUACAGCAACGUAUUAGAAAUUGAUUUGACCAAGAGCAAGUUCCCGGAGGUCCAUGACGACGAUUAUGUACCUGACAAGUACUACAAUGAUCAGUCCGACCUGAGACCCAUGCCGUCAUAUUCCUCUCAUUCCUAUUACAAAGCACCAAAGCCGUAUGAGUCUGGGUUGAAGCCUGACCGGUACAAGGGACAUCCGGAGUCCUACUCCGACAUGUACGACUACAUGGCAGCUUCAGACGUCUCGAACGUCUACCCCGACAUGGACAUUUCCAAGUUAAAGAGGAGACCUAGUCCUUACAAGAAAACAAAGAACCCCGAACUGGCCGUCGCGGCUAACUUUGACGAUGACUACAUCCUAGUGCCAAAGAAGAAAUAUAAGAUUCACUCGAAAAUUGUCGAGCCUCCGACUUUUGAUGACUCUGAUGAUGAUUACGAGCCUCACUCUCACGACGAAAACUGCCGACACAAGGACAAGAGCAAGGAGGUGGUUGUACGGAAAGUGGUGAAGAAAGCGAAGAAACCAGUGAUCAAUCUGUUAGAUAUUUUCGAUAUUUAGUAUUUAUGUAAACUUUACAAAUUUAGCACGUAGCCUCGAAAUUAGUAAGUUAUUUUAAGACUGUUGUUAUUACUUCGAAAAAAAGUUUGAAAAAUAU